AUGUCUUUCCUAAAGUAUUGGUAUGCUGCGGUCCAGGAAAUCAAGGUUGGUGCUUUGGAGGGUAUGUUUGGGUACCAGCCGACCAUUUACAUGCCCAAGCCAGGCUCAAAGGACAUCUACCAACGCCUUGCAAAACAAUGCGAAAAUAUGAAAAUCCCAAUUAUUCCACAUGGUCUAAAUGACGUAGAAUUGCUUCGUCAAGCACUCCUUCGACCGAACACCGAUGUUAUUCUAGAUGCUAUCUUUGGAUUUUCUUUUAAACCUCCUGUUCGAGCCCCUUUCGACGCUGUACUUCCACUGAUCAACGAUUCUCGCUUGCCAAUUGUCUCUGUUGACAUUCCUUCCGGAUGGGACGUUGAAAAAGGCAACAACCAUAAGAUUGGUCUCCGUCCUGAUGUAUUGAUCAGCCUGACGGCACCGAAGGAAGGGGUCAAAGAUUUUGUCGGCAGACAUUUCUUGGGAGGAAGAUUUGUACCCAGAUUUAUUGAGAGCAAAUACGAUCUGAACCUUCCUGUUUAUCCUGGUUUCGACCAGAUUGUAGAGUUGAUCUCAGAGAAGAAUAGUCAUUCACAGGAUACGCAAGAAACAGAAGACAAGUAG